CCUGAUCCCAGAAGAAGAGGAGAGCCGAACAUCGGUGGUCUGUGGCCACCCUUUAUGACUGUGUGUGCCUUCAGCCUCUACAAAUAGCAAAGUUGUGACCCUUUUCUUUCCUCCUGGGAGUGGGAGGUGUAUGGAUUCACCCAGUCUGUAUGGAACAUGGAUGGAAGCUCUGUAUUUGAAGCCUGGCUUUUCUGCUAAAUGCUAGUAAGCAUUUGGAUAAAUCAUUAAAUCUCUUCAGAUCACAGACCCCUAAAAUAGAAAAGGAUUUUUCCUGAGAUUCCUUCAAACUGAAAAUCUGAUCCUUUCACUGUUUCUUGUAGAUUUAAGUAUGAGCAUUUCAAGGCACAAGGUGAGAGUCCAAGGACCUGGACUCAAGUCUUUCCUCAGUUAUAAGUGUUGUAAACCGAGGCAAAUCAUUUUCUCUCUCUGAACUUCAGUUUCCUCAUCUGUAAAAUCAGGGGAUUGGACUAGUAAGUCUCUAAGACCUCUACAAGUCUAAAACUAUGGGUCUGUCUUCAUGUGUCUGGUCUUUCUAAAGCUUUUGUUGUCUUUCAUGGUCUGACUUUUGAAGGAUUUCCUCUUGUAGAAGAAAGAAGUAUGGAAGAGAAAGGCAUGGUUCCCAUGAUGGUAACAGCCGUGUGCCAGGAAUCAGUGACGUUCAAGGAUGUGGCUGUGGACUUUACCCAGGAUGAGUGGGGACAACUGAACUCCGCCCAGAGGGAAUUAUACCGAGAUGUGAUGCUGGAGAACUACAGGAACCUGGUCUCCCUGGGGCUUCCAGUUUCCAAACCAGAGGUGAUUUCCCAUUUAGAGAGAGGAGUCAUACCGUGGAAAUUGGGAAAAAAACUCCCAAGAGAUACCUGUCCAGAGUUCUUUAGUUGGGAAAUUGGUUGUAAAAGCACAGAGUCACCUUUACCCCAGAACAUUUCUGUAGAAGAGCCCUUCGAGGAAGCACUCGGGAAGAAUGGUACCUGGAUUUCCAAGCUAGGAGAAGUCUGGGAAUGUAAUCUCAAAUUAAAUCAACAAAAAUCUUACCAGAAAAGACAGUCCCAUCAAGGGACAGUCAACCCUAGAAAAGGCUCUACCGAGAUUAAGAUCGAUGAAUGUAAUACAUUUGAAACAAACUUCAGCCUGGGACCAAUCCUUUUUGUCCAGCAGAGAGCCGAUACAGAAGGAACUCUGCAUAAAUAUGAUAAACCUAUAGAAAACUUUAAACAAUAUUCAGAUCAAAUGAAGCAUCAUGGAAUUAUUUUUGAGAAGAUUUGCAAAUACAAUCAAUGUAGGAAGUCAUUCUGUUAUCAUUCAGGUCUCAAUAAAUAUGAUGGAAAAUAUGUUGAGGAAAAAACAUCUAAUGGCAGUAAAUUUCAGAAAGUCUUUAGAAACACUUCAUCCUUUUCAAAUAAUAAGAAAGUUCGUGCUGCUGAGAAACCCUUUCUUUGCAGCGAGUGUGGGAGAGCCUUCAGCCAGAGAGGAAAUCUCACUGAGCAUCAGAGAACUCAUACCGGAGAAAAGCCCUUCGAGUGUCAUGAAUGUGGGAAGUCUUUUAGCCGCAGCGCACAUCUUACUGAACAUAAGAGAAUCCAUACUGGGGAGAAACCCUUUGUGUGCAGUGAGUGUGGGAAAGCCUUCAGCCGGAGCGGACACCUUACCGAGCACAGGAGAGUGCACACGGGAGAGAAACCCUUUGAGUGUCACGAGUGUGGGAAGGCCUUUUGCUGGAGCGGACAGCUUACUGAACAUAAGAGAAUCCACACUGGGGAGAAACCCUUUGAAUGUAACGAAUGUGGGAAGUCUCUUAGCAACAACUUUUGCCUUACCCUGCAUCAGAGAAUCCAUACUGGAGAGAAGCCCUUCGAAUGUAAUGAAUGUGGGAAAUCCUAUAGCCGCAGUGGACACCUUAUUGAUCAUAAAAGAAUUCAUACAGGAGAGAAACCCUACGAGUGUAAUGAAUGUGGGAAAUCCUUCAGCCAGAGAGGACACCUUACCAAACAUCAAAGAAUUCAUACUGGAGAGAAACCCUUUAAAUGUAAUGAAUGUGGGAAAUCCUUCAGCCAGAGGGGAAAUCUUACAGAACACGAGAAAAUCCAUGCUACCGUGAAGCCCUUUGAAUGUAAUGAGUGUGGGAAAGUUUUCAGUAGGAAAUCUUACCUUCGCCUACAUCAGAAAAUCCAUCGCUUACAGAAAACCAUUGACUGUACUUGAUGGGGGAAAAGACUGACACUGUAGUUAUUGCCUUAUUUGAUAUGAAUAAAUGGUUAAGUGAGUUAAUGAGUGAAAAAGCAUUUAAGCACUUUCUAUGGUAAAACAAUGUGUUUGUGUUGUGCAAUAAGUUACAGAUAGAAAAUCAAGAUGAUUCCUGUGCUCGAGCUUAUAUUCUAAUGGGGGAAAUAGACUUAUUUAAGAUAUUUUAGGUGCAAGUUAGAUGGAAAACUCCAGUGGUUCUUAGGGUAGAACAGCAAGGCAGAUGGUAAUGCCGUUUCUUUAAUAUUAUUUUCACUGACAAAACUAUAUCCAUUUCUGAUAUUGAACCACUUGACAUCAUUUACCAUGUCUGAGAGUCGAAAAAGCUUAGAGCUGAUCUAGCCCAAUGUGUACUGUACCAGUAAUUUCUUCUACUUGUUAGCAAUAGUAAUUUUAUCAUGUUGCUAUUUAUAUUGUCAGAUUUUAUGGAGUAUUUUUGUACUUAAGUACACUGGGAAAAUUAACAUGUACAUGUAACAGGUCCAUUGAAAUAAGUGUUUUAAUCCAAGAGCCAGCAUAAGCCAACAAGAAGCGCACAUGGUGAAAAUAGCUACAAAACAAGAAUCCUGAUUCUCUCCACUUUCAUUUGAUGUCAAAUUGGGAGUUCUAGCAAGUUUAAUUAGAGGGAUAAUAAAUAGAUUAAAGGGAUUAAUGUGAAAAUGAAGAGGUUGAAAUAGCAUUCUUUGCAAAUAGCAUGGGAGCAUAUAUAAGAAAUCCAUUUGUUUCAAAUAAAAAAUCAGUGGAGAUAGUAUAUAGAGUCAGCAAGGUUACAGAUGAGCAGAUUAAUGCAUAAAUUAACUCUUAUUUUCUAGCAGUAGAAAUCAAGGUGAGGAUGGGGAACAACGCACACAUACAACCCCCCACACUAUUUAUAAUAAUAAAAUCCAUUAAAUAUUUGGCAGUUAACCUAUCUAGAAAUAUUAGAACAAAUAUAAAACUAUUAUGACUGUUUUUAAAAAAUCAUUAAAGAGAAUAUUACAAUAAGUUCCAGAAAAUAACUUUACCUAUAAGGAAGAAAAUCAAAUAAGGUCUUAAUUGUGAAAGAAUUUUUCCAUUCCUCAAAUAGAAAAAAAAAAAAGACUAGGAAAAUAUAAAAAAAUGACAGGCAAAAAAUUGACAUCUAAAAUAAACCAGUAACAAUGGAGAGAUGGUCAAAGAAUAUUAAAAAGGCAUCAUUUGAAAGGGGAAAAACUAAGAAUUCUAAGAAAUUCAAAACUAUGAUGGAUACUGCUUUACUGCCACCAAGUUUGCCUCCUCCCGCCAUCCCCCCAAAAAGUAAAAACAGUGUAACUUGAUGCCGGCCGGAUUGUGGAAAAUCAGGUCUAUUUGUGAAUCUUUUUUUAUGGAGAGCAAUCUGCAUGUCAUAAAUGUUAUAAAUAUAACCAUGUCCAUCGACUCAAUAAUUUCAUUAUUUGCAAUAUUCCUUGACGGUGUUGUCAGAAAUUUCAAAAUUUGGGAAAUGUUCGUUAUCACUGUCCUGUUAUAACUGAAAUGUAAAAUGUUCUACUGUUUAAAUAAAUUAUUGUUGUUCA